GAGGGUUGUGCACAGUAUCUUAGAUGUUGCACUCCAGAGACCUCAGAUGUUGUACCUGGAAUCUGCUGGAGCCACUCUCUAAGUUUGGGAGUCACAGUCCCGAGCGCCCCAAUUACCACUGGCACCACUGUUGCCUUUACUCCCCACAUCUUUUCUAGCUCCUCUUUCAGCCUCUGGUAUUUUCCGAGCUUCUGAUGUUCCUUCUCCCUGAUUUUGCUGUCACUUGGGAUUGCUACAUCUAUCACUACUGCCUUCUUCUGUUGUUUGUCCAUCAACACAAUGUCUGGUUGGUCAGCCAGCACCAGUAUGUCAGUGUGGAUCUGGAAGUCCCCUAGGAUCUUAGCUCAGUCAUUCUCAACCACCCUCGGAUGUGUCUUCCAUUGUGACCUUGGGACUUCCAGCCCAUAUUCAUUGCAGAUGUUCCUGUACACUAUGCCAGCCAUUUGGGUAUGGCGUUCCAUGUAUGCUGUUCCUGCCUGCAUCUUACACCCUGCUAUUAUGUGCUGAACUGUCUCAGGAUUAUCUUUGCACAGCCUGCACCUGGGGUCCUGUCUGGUUUGGUAGACCCCUGCUUCUAGUGAUCUUGCACAAAGUGCCUGUUCAUGUGCUGACAUGAUUAGUGCUUCUCUGCUGUCUCUCAGUCCAGCCUUUUCCAGCCACUGGUACGAUUUCUUGACGUUGGCCACCUCUUCAAUCUGUCUGUGGUACAUGCCGUGCAGGGACUUGUCCUUCCAUGAUGGUUCAUCCUCCUCAAAUGCAUUCUCAGGUUUCUGCUGCCUGAGGAUGGCAGAUUCAGGCUCAGGUGACCCCAGCGGUCAACGGGUGCCAACCCCUGGAGGGAGCGGUAUAGGACUGCUUAUGGGCCGCAGACCACCUGCCGCCAUCUCUACUGGUCGUCUCCCCUCAAUGCGAUCAAGAGACCUCACCCUGGGAGGAGUGAAGAAGAAAACCUUCACACCCAACAUUAUUGGUCGGAAAGCCAGAGAUGAGACAAAAGCUGAGGAUGGGCAGAGGAGGGACAGGAAGGAUGUAGGUCGAGGUCGCGGCCCGAGAGAUAGAGGCAGGGGCCGAGGUCGCCAAGAGACCAUCCAGUCCCACUCUAUCUUUGAGCAGGGGCCUGCAGAGAUGAUGAUGAAAAAGAGAGGUAGCUAUGAAAGUGAGAAAGAAGCUCCGAGUGUGGGACCUUCACCCAUCAUCAAUAUUAAAAAGGAGAAGAGAGAGACGGAGGAAGAGACCAAAGAGAUUCUUGCCAAGCUUGAGCGAGAUAAUUUCAUAGAUGAUCCCUUCCUGAGGAGUGAGCGGAGGAGCUGCCCCGUCCAGCUUCCCCUCGCUGUAUCAGGAUGGGGAUUCACAGAAGAAUUUUCUAACGCUGCUGUUAAAAUCGAGAAGAUGGACGAGGAAAGUGAACCCAUGGAAAACGCAGUUGAAGUGAAACAGGAGCCAGAGGAAACUGAAAUAAAGAAGUCAGAGGGAGCUUUCAGGCCCCCUCCUCUCCCUGAGCCUGAAGUGCUUCCUGACCUGCUGCAUAGAUGGAGCCUGAGCAAAGGGGAUGAGCUGUUCUUCAUGCAGAUGCCUGACACGCUGCCCGGCCAGCCUCCAACCAAAGAGCUCAGGCCCACGAAAACUGAGGUGCAGUCAGAGGACGGACAGUCCGUGCUCCUGAAAACAGAGUCGCAGGAGGAGGAAGCUGAAGACAACAUGUGCAAUCUGAAAGACCUGCGGGAGGGUCUCAUAGGAAAGAUGCUGGUGCGGAAGUCUGGCCGGGUCCAGCUCAUACUGGGACAUGUGACACUCGAUGUGUCUCUAGGAGCAUCAUGCUCUUUCCUUCAGGAGCUGGUCUCUAUUGGUGCAGAAGAAAGAACAGGUGACUUGAGUGUAUUAGGGAAUGUUAAACACAAAAUGGUUUGUUCCCCAGACUUCGAGGCUCUACUGGAGAGCAACGCUUGAUGCUCGUCAGAGCAGCGGUGGUCUGAGCCUCCUGGGUGCACAUGUGAUGGUUGUGAUGUUGACAAGAUGUUCACUUUAGCUAUGGACUGUCCCUUUGGAACCUGACAUAAAAUAAAACUACGGUGGCCGCCGAUUGUGCUUCAGUGCUUUCAGAGCGGCUAUAAUAACAUAUUGAAAUCCACUACCUAUAGAUAUGAAACAUAACUGAGGUUUUAGUUUCGUCUUGUGUAACAGGCAUAUUAAUUCAGGGUUCAAAGGUUGAAUGGUGUGCCAAAUAUUAGUACUGUUUUCAUUUCUCUAUAUCUGAGAUUACUUGACAAGGCUGUAAAUGGAUGUACAUGUGUGAAUAAAGAAAAGUUUUGUUAUUCCAAUA